AUUUUACACUUGGUAAGUCAUAAAUUUAAUCGGCCGAUUAGGUUAAUCAAAGCUAGUGAGACCAGUCCUAAAUACCAGCCCCUUAAUUCUUCAGUGUUUGCUUUACGAGAAAUUGUCAUCUGUUAUUUCCAAAAUUUGAAUAUGGCGCGCUAGCGUUCAUCGCUUCGCGAACGAAGCAUGCGAUUCGCGAAUUGUCGGGCGCGUCCGCGGAUUGUAGCCGUUGAGUCGUUCGCGUAAUGAGCUGUGAAUUUUCGACUGUGCGCAGAUAUUCGGAAAUCAAAGCAAUUUUCCCUCAUCGUAAUUCUGUCAAGCCGUUAAUCUCAAAGUGUACGGUAUAACACUGUCGAGUAAACAUCUGGUAGAGGAACGGGACCGAAAUAAAUAGAUAUUCGUGGUUAGCUCCGUUGGCGGUUAGUAGUAGUAUCGUGAUUUCGAUUCUCUGCCAAUAUCCACUAAAAUAAAAUUCGGGACACGAGAAAGGCUGACGCGGCAUAAAUCGAAACGGACGAGUUAUAUUCGUGAAAAUCGGGGAGGGAAUCGUCCCUUUUAUGCGUUUGGGACGAGAGGUUCUAAAAGAUUCAAGAUAUUGUCCUAAAAGAUUCAAACAUGGCAACCUAAUCGGUAUAUUUUCGCGCGCGAAAUGAGUCAGCAGUUAUUGAGUGAAUCCGCAGUGUAUCGUAAAAGGAGAAAAAAAAAGGAUCGCCGGAGUUUUCGGACGCAGAUUUGAAAUCCAGACUUGGAUUGGACCCAUAGUCAAAAGGAACCGAUGGAUGUUUGGAUCACUGCGUAUCUUAAUAUCAAUAUGCUGGACUUCUGAUAAAGAUUCUGAUUAUUCCGCUGUCUCGAGCAUCUUUCACUUAUGGAUAUUGAAUCAAACUACUAAGGUUUACGCGACACAAUCGAUCAAAACAGGAUUGAUGGGGUUUUUGACUUUCCACACAAUGCGAGAUCCAUUCACAUCGCCCCAUGCUUAUGACUCCACAAGACGCCGAAAAUUGUCCACAGAGGUGUCGCAACAAACCUUCUCAAUUGAAGAAGCUACUGUGACCGCCUUUUCAUUCAGGAUAUGAAAACGCACCGUAGUAGUACCAACAUCGAGUGCAGCAACAUAUUUCAUGAUAACACUUUGCUCUUCUCUAAAUAAAUUAGAAAAUUCUACGUUGAUUUAUUUACGCAUUCACACACAUUCGCACUCAACCUGAUUGUGAUCUUGAACUGUUGGAUUGUGGCGCCUAGUACCGACUGGUAUCGAUCAACGUUCGCUAUGCAACUUUUACCUUAAGUGUUACAAGAAGAAGGAGAAGAAUACGCUACGUGCAAUAAGAAAAAAUUAAUUAUUUGACUAUUAAUCGACUUAAAUCGAGGCUUGCUUGUUUGCUUAUCGUGACUUGGCUGUUUCCACGCGUGGCCUGGUAGGAAGUUUUAUCGGCACUACAUGGCGCGUCAUACAAUAUGAUGCGAUGAACUCCCGGCUCGUACUCGCCGGCAGUGCAGAGCGAGUGGGGCACAUAACAGAUUAUCGGAACGAGUGUACCGCAUCGGGUUUGCUUCUUGCUCAUUAUGGCUGAAACACGCUGUUAGAAUGUCUUUAAAUUCAUUUACUUGCUAAUGUUCUCUUCCACGUGAAUCUAAUCAAUAAUCUGAUUACUGUAGAGGUAUUGUAGAGCCACAGGUAUUGCAGCCAUAGUAUUCGUUACAGUCACGAAGAAUGUAUCACUCAAAGAAAGCUAUUCUAUAAUUAAACGACAUUUAAAAAUAUUUCUUACAAACUUCAUUUUAUACAGUUUUUUCUAUAUUGAAAUAAUUAAUCUGAAAUUGGGAAAGUAUAACUGCACUUAAUAUCUAAAACUCGCUAUAUAUUUUGCACAAUCUUUAUUUUUAAUUUUAUUUGUAGUUUUAAAUAAUAAUAAAAUCUUUUUGUAGAAUUAAUUUUAAAUCUAAGAAUAAUUCUGAUUAUUUUAAACAUAUUUAAAAACGAAAUAAAAUAAUCUGGCUAGUGAGAUACGCUGCAAUUAAUAAGAUACACUAUUGGAAUUAACAAAUUAUAUUAAAAAUAAUACAGUAUUAGUGCAAACGUUUUAACUCACUUUGAAUGAUCAGCAGUGACAUUUAAAAACAAACGCUGAAAAUUUGUUUUGAAAUAGAAGAAAAAUUUGAAAGAAGAUAUGAGAACCAGUGACAUUUUAUGACAGUACUAAUAGCUAUUGCGUUUUCAUUUAAAAAUAUUAUCUACGCAGUAACGAGUUUAAUUUGUUAUUUGAUUACUUGAGCUUUAAUCAUCGCAUGUCUGUCAUUCGCACGAGAGAUGUAAAAUGAUACAUUAUGUCACAUGAAUGUUACCUAUAAUUGACGGAAUAAAUUCAGAAUACUUUUUGUGUGCACAAAAUUUAAGAAAUUUUGAAGAUUUUAUUCAUGAUUAUGUAAUAUCUUAUUUUUAAUUUUUGUUUGAUUGUUUGAUAAUUUUAAACAAGAUGCUUCUGAAUAACAUAAUAAAAUUUUAUCUAUAUUAUUUUUUUAUCACGAACUAUAUAUAUAUUAAGAUUAAUAUGCAAUAAGAUAAGGAAAGUAUUGGACUUGAUAUUUUGAAUGAUAAAAUAAUAAAAUAGGUAGUUAUUAUCAGCGGUUAAGUAUAUAAAAAUAGCCACUGCUAUGUUACAUAUAAAUGUGACAUUACCAAGCUUGUCUGAAAUUUUUAUGUCAAGUGAGUUUUUAAGUAAAAUAUUUAACGAAUUAAAUUUCCAUUGAAAAAUCUAAGAACACUUUUCUUGUACAAUGUUUAUAAACUUUUGAUUUUAUGAUUAGUACGAAUAAAAUAAAUGUAACCAAUUCCGAGAUCUUAAGAUAUAUUAUGCAAGAAAUAAUAUUUUCUGUCAUACAUAGAAAAAAAAGACCGAGGCUCGAUAGCACAAGAAGCAAGUUGACAAUACGUUUCAUUGACGUAUUUAUAACAAAUGAAACAAUGGAAAAGUUCUUACAAUUGUGUGUGUUAUUUUGAUUAAUAAUAAGUAAUUUGUUAUAAUAAAAUAAUUUAUACAAUCAAUGUAUAUAGAGAUUAGGAACGUUGUUUCUUUAAGACGUUGCUCAUGCGCAAGUGAGAAAAGUGUGAAUUCAAUUACACCUUAACUUUAACGAAACGCUCUAUAUUUAAUAUUUUUAUAUUAAAAAGCGAGCUAUGUACAUUUAAAAUAGUAUACAUUUAUUUUUCUGUCAAACAACAUUUUGCUAUUAUUAAUCAACAUAAAAUAAUUUUAAAAGUUAUAGUCUUUACAAGAAGUACGUAUCUGUGCAAUCCGUCUUUUUAUUUCUAUUAGGUUUUCAUUAAUUUAAUAUGGAGUUUGUUGUAUAGGUAUCUUACAUUGUAAUAUAUUAUAUAUUAAUUAAUUCUGCUAUUAAAACAAGUUUGCCACAUGCACACAUUUCGUAUAUUUUAGAAAAAAAGAAUUAUUCAAGAAAACUAUAUCAAACAGAAUUAUUCCAAACAUGAAAAUAUAGAAAAAGAUUUUAUCACAUUAAUAUAAUGAUAAUAAUUAAUUAUUUAAAAUUUAAAGAUUAUUUAAAAUUAAAAAAUUUUGAAUACCAAAAUUGUAAAAAUUGUACCAACGAGCCCCGCCUUCCAUAUAUUUUUACAGCAAUUUUGUUUGUAAAGAAACUUUCGUGACAAACUUUCUCAAUGUCUAGAUGCAAUAUUAUUAAAAUUAGGUAAAGUAAGAAAACAUUAACACGCACGCACGCGCACACGCGCGCACACACACACACACGCAUACGUGCGCGCGUGAUAAUUUUUGAUGAUAUAAACGAAACAGACUGAAAGAAAGGGAGAGAAAGGGAAAGGAAGAGAAAGAGGAA